AUGAAUUUUACGGGACAAUAUAAAGCGAGGACCCUCGCUUUCAUUAUGCCUCCGAGUGAAGGUCCGACCUCGGGAUGGAAAGGAUACGCUCUUCGAACUACGGUGCUCGCGGUAGGUUUCGGCAUUUGCGUCCUGUUGUUCCGAAAGAAGGGUUCGUUUUGCGGAAGGUGGAGGAACGUGGAAAUUCAAACCGAGUUAGACGACUCAAGUGCCAAUUCGAGUACCAAAAAAAAAGAGCUUAAGAGUGAUGACAGAUCCAUAGUGACGUACAACGGCGAAGUCUGUCCGAUCUGUUUAAAUGCUCCGAAGAUCGGCGUGAAAGCCCCCUGCGGUCAUUUACUGUGCGCGGAAUGUCUGGCGAGUUAUUGCGACGUUAGAAUAGCACCUGCGCCGCCACCUUGCCCAUUAUGCAGGGCGCCGUUGAGUUCGGUGGCCUUAGCCUGCGACUUUGUUAGUAUAACAACGCACUAUUUUUCACCGAUAACAGCGAUAACGAGCCCUACAAACUCUAUUAGAAUACAGUGAAAUGUAAAAAUAAAAAAUGAGGACAGAUUAUGUAAUAGGUAAAGUAAAGCAAAAAGGAAAUAGAAAAUAUCCCUACAAUAAGCAAAAAAAUUAUCUUCUUCGUUUUACGUCUCACUGUAUUUCCGCCCCAGCUGAUGAAAGCUAGUACGCGUU